AUGAGCCUUGAUCCGAGUGCCUUUCCGAGGUCGAAUUCCCCCGCAAGCUCCGAGAGCUCCUUGACGCGCACGCGCUUGCAGGGAAAGGAAGGUUCCAUCAAGAAGGACAAAAGCUAUCGCCGCUAUGCGUCAAGUGUUGAACGAGCGCUAUCACUGUUCGACAAUGCCCUCCAAGAAUGGGCUGACUACAUCUCCUUCCUGAGUCGCCUUCUGAAGGCCCUUCAAACCCACCCGCCAGAUCAACCUGUUGUACCCCAUAAGGUACUGGUCUCGAAGCGACUUGCACAAUGCUUGAACCCGUCAUUGCCAUCUGGGGUCCACCAGAAGGCUCUCGAAGUAUACACCUACAUAUUUGGGCUGAUAAAGCUUGAGGGGCUAUCGCACGACCUGCCUUUGUACCUGCCCGGACUUGCGCCGACCCUGACUUUCGCCUCGCUCACCGUUCGACCGCUCUUUCUGUCAUUGAUGGAAGGUUAUAUUGUCGAUCUCGAGCCAUGGGCCAUUCGGCCCGCCUUGAAAGCAAUUCUCUUGGCCUUACUCCCUGGUCUGGAGGAGGAGACAAGUGACGAUUUCGAGCCAACGUUACGGAUCAUCAACAAGGUUCGCGAAGUGGGCGGGCGACUUGAGACUCAAAAAACUUCCGAAUCCGGGGCUUCUGGGCAGUAUUUCUGGCAAUGUCUGUUCCUCGCAUCGAUUACAAACCCAAGCAGACGACUUGGCGUCCUAGCCUACUUAAACCGCUACCUACCUAAAUUAGGCAUUUCCAACCGCCGUCAGAGUGCGGCUGAUACUAGCGAUGUUAAAGACAUUCCACCCGAGAUGCUGGCAGCGGCUGACUCCGUGAUACUCCCAGAGCCAGGCCUGUUGAUCCGGUGUUUUGCAUCAGGUCUCUCCGACGAACAGCUCCUGGUUCAGCGAAAUUUUCUUGACCUUCUUGUGACUCACUUGUCAUUGAACUCCCCAAUCUUACAGUCUCGAAUCACAGACCGUGAUCUCGAAACUUUGAUUGUUGCUGCCGUGGGUGUGGUCACUCGACGCGACAUGGGUCUGAACCGUCGGCUCUGGGCAUGGUUCCUUGGCCCUGAGCCCGCAGGUGACCGUGAGCGUUCAUCCGUUGAUGGCCAAAAGGGUUCGUCCGAGAUAAGUCACGUCUCUACCGAUGCCAAGGAGCUUUCACAGUCUCAAUAUUUCAGCCGCGUGGGUUUGCAGCCUUUGGUGAAUGGUCUUCUUAAGAUGAUAAAGCAAGCAUCUCAGAUUCCUUCUGAACGGACAAAGCCCUUUCGUAUUGCUCUUUCCUUGAUGGAUCGCUGGGAAAUUGGCGGUUAUAUUGUUCCUGCUGUAUUCCUACACACAAUUCGCAGUGUCCAGAAUUUUGAAAAAGAAGCCCCCAGAAAUCAUUUCGAAGAAGUCUUUCGCAGUGCGAGUGCAUUCUUCGAUGGAGUGGAAAGCAGUGUCAUUUUCUCCGAGCUCCUAGGAUUGGUUGACUUCCGCUCGAACGAUCUGGAGCGUGACCCUCACCAAGUAUUGCAAAACCUUGAUCUUGCCCGGUUCAUUAUUGAUAAUUUCAAUGUGCGAGAAGAAGACAUGCUUCAGAUCCAUGUUCCUUUGUUAACGCUAUCGGUGCUUGUCAGAAUGCGUGAGAUUUCUUUGCAUACACCUUCACAUGGCACCAAUAUCGACAAGCAAGCUGUGUCCAUCGCGCUGAAUGAUGUCCUAAAGUCCUUGAUACCACUACUCACAGAGAGAGUAUUCUCAAGAAAGACAGGUCAUGAAAAACCCGCUGCUGAAACCAAGACUCGAAACCAUGAUAUCUUGAAAAAGAUCCAUAGCUUCUAUGAAAGCAGCAAAAACAGCCUUGAUAUUCCUCCCCUUCCAUUUGGCCCGAAGCAAAUCAGCGAAAUGAUUAUACGAGAAGCUCAUGAUCUAUCUGUCGAAGCUCUGGAAAGCGAUAAUAAUACUUCAUGUCUACACGAAAAAGUUGACAUCGUUGUAAAGUUGCUUAUGAAGCUGCCAAAAUCGCGUGUGCUCCGCGAUAGGCGACUCUACGGGGCACUAUCUCGAAGAUUAGGCAAGAAGGACAGCACUCCAACCACAGCUGGAUUCGCAGUUAUCUGUACAAUUGCCUCUGCAUUGACAAACUUGUUCUUUAUCCAGACCCUUGGAUUCUAUGUCACCUAUGAGGAUGCCUGCGGUCUCAUCCCCAGCCUAGUCGAACAGCUCUGGCAAUACCUGUCACCAUUGAGCCCAAAAUUCCAUGUAGAAGCCGUACGGUGUCUAUGGUCCCUCCACUCGAUAUCUUGGGUUGAUCAUCUUGUCGAGGCAUCGAUAACCUCUUUGAUGGUCAACUCGUCAACCAUGGCCUCUUAUCAUCUCUCCUCGGAGGAACAAGCUGAGAAGUUCUAUGUACUAUGGAAUCAUAGUCAUCACGGCACUCACGAGCAACCGCCAAAGCAGGUCCUUGAGGUCGGGGGGACAUUGUUCUCCUAUCAAUGCUCAAUGCUUGAGCGUCCCUUGUUCAUUGUUCUUGACCUCCUGUCUCAAGAACCUGGGGAUGUGUCCCAGAGUGUACAGCAGUGGCUUCAAGACCUCCAUUCUAUCCAUAGAAUAUUCCAUGUCGUUAUCCUGAAAUUUGGGGAGUUAUUUGAGCAUGAAAAUCCUGCAACUGUCACGGAAGAAGACGGUUCAAUCUCACCUGAUGAUUACAAAGAGUGCAACUAUCUGCUGCGAACAGCCUCGAACAUCAUCUCAUCACUUUCUCAUAACGGAUGGAUUACGCUUCUCACCCAGACACUAGGCCAGACCGAGAAGCGUAUUGAUGCAUCUACGUCUGAGGAUAACAAAAAUGUGAAGAGUUUCCAUGCAACGAUAUUUGAGGCUUGCCACAAAAUUAUCAGCGACAAGGCAUUGGCAUCAACACAAACUAACCGAGAAGGAGAGCGAUUGCAAAGAGAUACCCUCCACCUCAUGCGACAACUUCUUCUGGGACCCGGUGCUGAGGACCUGGCGGAAUCUGGCAUUGUCGAUUUUCUUGUAGAUCGCCUUUUGGUUGCAUCAGAUGAAGGUAGCAGCGUUGCAGUGCAAGGUGCAAUCAUCGAUGCCCUUCUUGCAGCUCUGAAAGUUCGAUUUGCCCAGGCUUAUGCACCCGUGCCACCUCCUAGGCCAAAGCACCAACGAGCCGGCUCUCGUGAACGUUUGACCAGUCCUUCCAUAUUAUCUUUUACAAGCGAGAAGACAGAUAGAGGCCAGGUCUUGCCUAAUUUCCCCCAACCUCCUGAGCGACUUCUGGAUUGUCUGCUCAAAGGCAUCAGUUCAACAAAAUCUCAUCAAAUCGUGGAUAAGUGGAUCGGACUUCUUUGUGAGGUUCUUCCUCUCUACUCAGGCUCGCUGUUUCAAAUUCUGCUCAUGCUGGUAGAAUGCUUUUGCAGAGAGAUUAAAGCCUCUUUUGGAAGGCUUCAACUCGCAUUCCAACAAACAGAAGACUGGCCACAAGACCGCUCCGAACACGUCACAAUCGCCUUGCUCACUGGUCUUGAAACAUGUAUUGCUCAUGCCCAUGAACGCCUUCUAGUAGAAGAGUCGAAUAUUCCGGCCGCUAAGAGCCCAGAUCAGCCGCAAGGCUUUUUUGGAAAUAUGGUGUCUGGUGUGUUCAACUCGGAUGGCAACCAAGGCCGUUCUAAUACCGCCAACGAUCGGUUGACAGUUCUUCUCUGCUUCCAGGAUGCCGUGCGUCUUUGUUUCUCUAUUUGGGCCUGGGGCGCAGGUGAUCGAACUGACUCACCGGAUUCUGAAUCAAUGGCAUCGUUUCAAUACACAUCAUUGCGAAUGAGAAACAGGUCUAGGCGUAUCCUAGAACAUCUUUUCACUGCAGAGGCGCUCGAAUGUCUUGAGACUUUGGUUGAAUCGUGGACAAAGUCUGAUACAGAUACCGCUGCGCUUAUCUUCAACCUACUCCAUACUCUUGACGGCUCGAGCCCGAAGAUCACUAUUCCUGCAGUGUUCAAUGCGAUAUACACGCGAACAAAUCCAAGCGCAUUAGACAAACAUCGCCAGUCAUCUUUGACUACCAGCUUGUCUGAAUCUGAAUUAGCGAGUUUCUUGGUUUCCUAUGCUCGCUCCUUGGAUGACGAUGUUCUUGACGAAAUAUGGUCCGAUUGCACCAUAUUUCUCCGCGAUGUGCUCAGCAAUCCGUUUCCCCAUCGACAGAUACUUCCCCGUCUGAUUGAAUUCGCGGCUAUUUUGGGCGCGAAGUUGGAAAACACAACAUUUGGCGAAGACCGUCGCAUGCGCAAGGAGCUUGGAGACGUUCUCCUUCGUCUCCUUACUGCUGUAUUCACCAGCAAACCACUGGGCCUAAACCAAGACGCUGGUCUGUUAGCGAGAUCUUCGCUUGACUAUGACCGAACGGCCGUGUCCCACACUGGACCGGAUGAUAUGUUGAGUAUCCUUGCUGUCUCCAUGCCAUCCUUCAUCACAACUCUUGGUGACUCGGAUCGUAUCAAUACCGCCAUAAACAGCGUCUCAACCAAUGUAGUUGGUCCUCUCAUCCGUUCUCGACUAUUCCCCAACAACCUCAACCGCAAUGUUAUGGUCCUAUUACAGCAAAUGACUAAAGUUCCUGCAGCCGCAAAGGUAUGGAAGAAGGACAUUGCCGAUGCUUUCAAUGACCCACGCUUCUUUGGGUUGCAAGUGGAUCUGAUCAAAGACAAUUGGAUGGAUCUGUUGCGACAGUGGGCUAUUGCAGACAAGGACCGGCUAGGAGAGUUGCUGAGUCGUCUGCCGCCACCCAGCGCUGCCGGUAUCAUGUUUGGCGUGGGAGCCUCCGCAGCACGCCUAGAAGCAGAUCGCAGGGCGCAACUCAACCUACGCCGUAUUGCGGUCCUUCUUUUAUCUGCCAACACCGAUUACUUUGUGGGCGAACUGCCGGGCCUGCUUCAGAAGCUAGAGGAUCUUUUAGCAGCAACCAUCUCUUCUUCUCCGUCAUCAGCAACACGGGCGGAGAUUUUCAUGGUUCUUCGUGCUCUCGUGCUUAAAACGUCUGCUUCAUCUUUGGCGCCCUUCUGGCCACUGAUCAACGCGGAGCUACAGGAAGCUAUUUCUGCGGUUCCACGGGGCCUGCAAUCGGAGGUUUACAGCCCUUACUCCCUACUCCAGGCAUGCAAGCUCCUUGACGUCCUGUUGGUCAUUGCCCCAGACGACUUCCAGCUCUUGGAAUGGCUGUUUGUGACCGACACUAUCGAUGCGGUUUACCCGCCUAGUCGCUGGGAACCUGUUGCUCUUGCUGACGAGGUAUCCCAAAGCUUCGGAGCACGGAAUGCACUUACACAAACUCUCUCGCACGAGGCCGCGGAGCCUGUAACACGGGAUAGUCUCAAGCGGCCGUGGCUUAUCUCAGAUCAAAUUCGAGAGACGGCCAAGGACGAGAUUGUCGAGCGGAUUCUGCGACCGUUCUUUGACCGGCUGAGUAUUUACGUAUUUGAGAGUACGUACGGCAUGGAAGGACCAGACAUAGGCAUCUGUCGGGAUGAUCUGUUGGCGGAUCUGUUCAAUGAGAGUACAAUUGUAAAUUGA